CCCUGUGUAACAUCUACCAGUUCUCACACAGACUUGAGCGAGGGUGGACGUGCUCAUCUGCUAGUCCGCUCCACCAUCACUGGACGGCCCAUUUGCCAUACACUCUCACGGAGAUCGCUCGAUUUUCCGACGCAAUCCGCCCCUCAUACAUGGAUUAUAAACGUGUAUACAUAAUCCCAGUGGUGUAUACAUGAUCUCUGUGGUGUAUAUCCUAACCCUAGUGAUGAUAAAUCUAGGUAUAUUGUAUAUUUAUGGUGUAUAAGUGAUAAUUUAAUACACCUAUCAACAGCAUUGAUUCUAAAGUGAUGUUAGUUGUGACCUAAGUGUUGAAAUCCCACAAGCAUCCCUAAUCUGUAAUCCAAAUCCUUCGACACCUCCCUCAUGUGCCGGGAGUCUCGCCAGGAUUAUGGUGGUGCUUAAAUCCCUGGAGGGGAUUAAUGGGAUGUGUUUACAUCUGGUGCGCUGACUCUGCUGACUACCCACAGAAAAAUGAGGAGCAUGGAGGAGGAGGUGGAGGUGGGAGGGCCGCGAUACGACUGUCUCAGUGAGGACGAUCACUCCCCGACCGACGCCUCCGAGGACAGUGUGGAGGUGAGAGUGAAGCCCAUCCGUGCCCCCACCCGCCCGCCCACACGCCCGCCCACGCCGCCCACACACCACAAGUUCCACAAGUUCCGCAAGCACUACUCAGCCCUGCGGCAGGAGUACACCACCUCGCCCGCCGCCCGGGCAUCCCCCGGGGUGGGUAGCCCACCUAGCCCUGCCGUCCAGUCCCGUCCCAGCCCCCCCGCCAGCCCCCUGGAGCCGCCCAUGGGCGCGGCGCCGCUGUCGCCUGGGACACGCGCCGCAGCCCGCAGCCGCCGCAAGCCCGCAGAGCCCCGCAGGUUGUGUCAUGACCCCGCCAACAAGCGGUCACACAGCCCUGACCCUCCCAGGUCCUCCAAGACGCUGCGGGCGGAGCACCAGACUGAUGUAGGGGACAAGAGCGCCCCUUCCUCCCCCUCCCCCGGGGCGCCGCCCCUACUGGCCCACCACCCGUUGUUAGGGACCCUAGGGCGGCCCCCUAUGGGUGCCUUUCCACCCCUUCUGCUGCCGCCCGCCUGGCCGCCUGUGGCCGCCCAGUGGGGGUACCCGCGCAUGGUGACGCCGUUAGGGUGGGCGGGUCUGACCCCUGGCCUGACCCCACACCCAUACCCCAUGUUGCUACCCCACCACUACCCUUUGCACCGCCCACCCCUCCACCCACACCUCCAGCCCGCCUCCCCACCGCCCAAAUCACCACCGCCGCCCAGGUCCCCGACGGAGGAACGUGUGGUGCGGGAGGACCUGCCACUGCCGCUGGUGACCCGAGUGUCGGCACCGGAGGUGGCCGCCCCCAGCCCCGCCCACCACUUACACCACCACCCGCCCCGGGGUACCGAGGUCAGCGUCGUCCGCAAGACCGGUAAGGCCUCGUCCAAGUUCCUCAGCGUAGAAUCUCUGAUCGCGUCCGACAGUCCGUCCCGCGAGGCGCACGACCUGGACGACGAUAUACCGUCCAGCGUGCAGGGCGACCCAGGCCCCGCCGACGACGACGACACCAUCCACUCGCUUCUUCAACCUAACAAACACAAACAACGUAACUACAAGAACAUGACGCGAGAACGACGCAUCGAGGCCAACGCCAGAGAGAGGAACCGCGUCCACACCAUCAGCGCCGCCUUCGAGAAGUUACGGACGUCUGUGCCAGCGUACAGUCACAACCAGAAGCUGUCGAAGCUCUCGGUAUUGAGAAUAGCCUGUUCGUAUAUCCUGUCGCUGUCACGGCUGGCGGGUCACGACUACAGCGAGGGAGGAACGGAACCUUCCUUCAGCGAGUGUGUCGACUUGACCACCAGGACCAUUCAGGUGGAGGGGAAGGCGAAGAAGAAGAGAGACGAGUGAAUAAUGCAGGUCAUACCGUGACCUUGUCUGACCUGAGAUAUCCGUCUUCUCAAGUGACCUUUUCCUCUCCACACACAGUGAUCUUUUUUUAGUACCCAGUGUUCCUAUGACCAUCUCCUUAUCCCCUCUACGACUCCCAAGUGACUCAUCGAAACCCAGUGUUCCUACGACCCCACCCACGACCCCCAAGUGAGCCCUCAAAACCCAUUGUUCCUACGACCCCUUCCCCCACGACCCCCAAGUGACUCAUCCAAACCCAGUGUUCCUACGACUGAAUUUACACCAGUGACACCCUCUACCCCCUCUUCCCCCAAAAGAAACAGUGCUUCCAGUGAACGCCACCGUGCAGUGAGAGGUGCCGUCCUUACAGUGAGCGCCUCGUUAUAUGCGCCCCGAGUGAACGCCCCUACUCAAGGGGUCCCCACCCAAACACACUCCACAGACACCAAGUGACAGUGUGCGAUGUCUUCAGUCCCACCGAGUGCCCGACUCACAUAUUUAUUUAGUGUAUCGCAGAACUCAUCUUUAGUAAUAAUAACAACAAAAGACCUGUGACGUAAUAGUCUACGUGGAAAUCCAAAAGACAAGUUUGAUAUUUUAUAAUUGAAUCAUUUAUUCUAGUCUAUGAGGGAGAGGGAUGGGCGCCCCCUCCACGCCAGCCCAGCGUUAUGGGCUUCGCUGUCGUCGUCAGCUUCACCACGUCAAGACAACGCCGUGGAAAGCUGUCGACACAAGCCUGUCCACGCCAAGACAACGCCGUGGAUGAGGCUGUCGUUGUCAGCUCUUCCGCGUCAAGACAACGCCGUGGAUGUGGCUGACGUUGAGAUAAACUGCCCAGAAACACAUUAAACGCCGUCCACCUGUCCUUCACACGUCAUUUGCUUCUGUGUGUUUCAAGUGUUUGACUGUCAGCCCUCGUGACUGUCAGCCCCCUCAAGACCGUCAACUCUGGUGUCUGUCAGCCUUCGUGACUGUCAGCCCCCUCAUGACUGUCAACUCUGGUCUGUCAGCACUCGCGACUGCCAGCCUGUCAGCAAUCACGGGUGUCUGACAGUUAUUAUGAAACCCUUAAUGUGUUAUGCAAUACUUCAAGUGUAUCAAUUUAUUCCUAUGUGUCAUAAACAUCAAUAUUUCGUCUGUUUACUUUAUCAUCAUCACUUUGUCCUUGUCUAUAGUAAUGUUGUCUUUGUUUGUCCUUUGUUUACAGAAAUACGGUCGUUGUUCCUGUGUUUACAACCAUACGGUCUUCCUAUUGUCUUCCUGUUUACACCAAUACGAUAUUCUGCCAUAUUGUUUACGAUCUCUACUUGGUCUCGCCGUCUUUAUUUUGUGCUCAUAUGUACUGAGGUGCUAGUUAAGAGUGCACACAUUGAUGUUAGGUGAAUAUUGUCAAGCGAGACUUAGUGAUAUAAUGGCAUACUGCUCGCUCGGGAGAUAUAGUUCAAUAUGUCCAUAAAUAUACUUGUUAAUGAAAUAAGUAUGUUAAAUAAGUAUACUCAUAUAUGACUCAUUUCCUGUAAUGAAAUAAGCGAAUUGGAUUUUGUUUUUUGCAUCUGAAUAAAAAUAAUUAUAUAUAUUUUUUUUUAUCAAUGUUUUGUAUUUGUGUAAAUUAAUUUCGAAAUUCCUUAGAUUGAUAAUUCUUUCAAAAUCAAAUUAAAUAAACCUUAAGACUAGUGAAUUUUAACCUGGUAUCAAAAUCUAAUUCUAAAUAUGUAAAAAAUUUCGGAAAAUUUUGAGUGUUUCCGAGUCGCUUAUUUUAACCAGAUAUAUACCAGAGGUCUGUUCAUUCUCUCCUCUGGUCAAUUGUCUCUUAUUUAUCACAUUUUCUCUCUUAUUCCCCCAUUUAUUCACCAUCCAUUGCCCUCUAUGCUUUGCGGUGUUGUCAAGUAUUGUGAUCUGUAUAAUGUUGUUUGCUAUGGCUUAAUUUAGUGGAAUUAUUAAUAUUUUUCUCACAAAAGACGUGUACUGUAGACUUGGCAACAACGCCCUCUUCCUCCCCUCAUGAUGAUGUGAGACUUGGCACCACCGCAUUUGUUUUGGUUGUCGCCGCUGCCAAAACAAAGUUCAAAUUUCCCCCGCCAGAUGGCAGCGACGACAGCCAAUCAGGUGACAGGACGGGUCUUACGCUUGUAUGUCUUUGAUAGUUCUUACUGAUAUUGAAUUAGAAGUUUGAAUUAGAGGCGUACGGCAACCUUGACACUUUAACACUUGAAUCAGAAGUGAUGAGUUUGAAUCUCCUGUCUUUGAAAUUUGUAUUAGACAUUAAUUUUGAAGACUACUUUGAAUUUGCAUAAGACAUGAUAUACAGGUAGGCUACUGUCAAGUAAGAGUUCAAUAAUGUAUAAAAAUAAAACAUUCUUAGAUUUUGUCAUUGAAUAUGAAGUUCCUCCAUUGAACUUUGCAUAAGAUAACACAUACUGUCAACUGAGAGCUCUAAAUACUUUAAAAUUCUAAGUUAAAAAAUAUGGUAAAAUUAUUGUAAUAAAAGUCUAUUGUAAGAACCAUUAUAGGUGCAUGGGACAAUCUUCUCCACAAUCAUUAAAUUUUUUAAUGUAAAAAUUUGUGAUAUUUUUUAUAAUUAUUAAAAAAAAUAUUUUAAAAUUUUAUGAUUUUUUGUGAAUUGAUUUUGUUAAUGUUUUAAAAUUCUAACAUAAUUUAUUUGUGAGUUUCUUAUAGGUUUAAAAAUUCUGUAAUGUUUUUUUAUUUGAAUUUAUUAAAUAAAUCCUAAAAACUUUAUCCCUUAUUUAAGUAUUGAAGGAAAAUACUGAUUUAAAUACGAUGUUCGAGACUUAAUUAUUAUAUAAAAAUUUUUAGCUACUCAGUUGAAAAUAUAUAAUAGGUAUUCCUGAGACAAAAUUGGGCAAUAUAAUUUAUACGUAUGUUAUUACUUAAUGUUUUUAUGACCUUUUUCGGUUUGUUUUUAUUAUUAUUUUUUUAUUUCUUGUUUAUUAAUUAUCGUAUCUUUUUUUGCCUCUUUCUAUUAUUAUCCUCCCUUCCGUUUCCUCUCCUUAUUCGCCUCUUACCAUCCCCCUUUCUCCUCCUCCUCUUCCCCCAUCAUCUCGGCAGAUGUGAGAACACCAGCACGUGCGGAAGGGAAACUCGUUCGAAACAUUGCACGCAGCAGUGACUUCGUGAACUCAAACACCAUCCACCAAACACUCUCUUAUCCCUCUAACUACAUCCACAAACUACCCCCCCCCCCCUUACGCAGCCACACAAACAACAAACAAACUCUAUUAGUCCCGAAAAAUAAAGUUAGAAUUUAUGGAAAGUUUUUGAAGUACGAUAUUGAGGUUUAUCAAUGCAGGGUUUAGGAGAGGUUUGGCGCGCGCGGGAAAGUACAUGUUGACACUAACUGCCUCCUGACAGCUUCUCUCAGGAUUCCGAAAGUAAACAAACCCGGAACACAGCCAAUGAAAGGGGGAACCAGCUGACGACGACCACCACGCCCCUACACCCCCCGUAGAAGUAGAGAGGGUGGAUGAGGGGGGAAAAGGGAAAGGCGGUGAGGGGAGAAGAGGGGAAAAUGUGAUUAUAGGGGCGUUAACCCAAAAUUUGGCGUGAAAUUCUCAUUCCAGAAUUUGGCGGGAAGUUAAAGGUAAACAAACUGCGUAGGAAUUUCAACAAAUUAUUAUAGGAAAUAAUUUAAGUCUGUUAUCCCCAAUAUCUCGCCCCCCCCCCUCAGCUACCUAAAACAAUAACGACAAACAGACAAACACCACCGGUGAUCUCAUUAGCCUCCCACCUCCACGUGUGUGUGUGUGUGUGUGUGUGUGUGUGUGUGUCAGUCUGGCUACGACACGCCCUCAGCUUCCUCCUGUGUUUAUACAAAGGGUCCCUCAACAUCCCCUACAAAACAAUCCCCCCCGCCCCUCCUACAAGCCCCUCACGAGUGCUGUUGUCUAGGAAAAGAGGGGAGACGAGGAGGAGGGGAUGGGGUGGGGGGGUGGACAACUGCUGUGUCUGAUGGGCCAAUUUAAAGUGAGGGGUAAGAGGGGGAGACAAAAGGGGACGUGUUGUUGACGUGAGGGGAGGUGAGGGGAGAGGAGUGACGGAAGACGGCGGAAUGAGGGGAGAGGGAUGAGAGUAGAUGGCAGCACGAGGGGAGAGAGGAGGGUGAGGGGAGGGGAGAGAGAAAACUCCUGGUGCUGUUGUCAUUCUGAGAAAGUCCGUAAAAUUAUUUGUGUUCCCCUCUCGUGUAUGUGUGUGUGUGUUUGACUUAAGAGCUAAAAUUACUCUAGAAACUGAGGUAAUUAGGUGAUUAAUUACAUUUACAUGACACCUUAAAAGUAACAAAGGUAUUCAUUGAGGAAAUUACGUCAGAAUUACAAUUAACGUAAUUAUUAAAUAAAAAAAAUACCUGUACCAAUUAGUUAAUUUGUAUUACCACCUUUUAAUCAUCACACAUAUUUCCCUUCCUAAUUAUCUUCUUUUAAUUCCUUUUUCACCUUUUCCUGUUAUUCGAGUUUGUUCAUAAAUGUUAGAAUGCAUUUUCCUCUUAUCUUAUACAGUAGUUUUAUUUUUUAUUACUUUUACUUUUUUAUAUUUUGAUUUUUACUUUCAAUAGCUUUCUAGAUCCAAUAAUUUUUUUAAACUGAUUUAUUUCACUUCUUAAAAAUAAUUUGAUUUUUUUUUGGGGGGGGUGGUGUAAAAAAUCUCAUAAAUCAAGGAAAAAAUUAAGGAAUUAUAUUUACGCCCAGUUUUGUUUGAGGAUUAUCUCGUAAAAAACACACUGACAUAAGCUGUAAAAGAGGAAGGAGUAGGACACCCGAGUGCAAAUGUAAACGAUUUACACCAAAAAAACGUAGUGCCUUAUGUCUGUGGUCCAAGUGAGAUUAAUUUACAACUUUUUUUGUACAACUCGUAUGUAAAAGUGCUAUAGGACGCCCGAUGAUAAUUUACAAUUAUUCAUUUACACGUUUCUUUUUUUACAUAAUAGUGGAACCUAUUCUUCAUUGACAAGACUUUAUUACAAGGUAGUUUAAUGAUAAAGUCAGUGAUAUUUUUCAUUUACACAUCAGUUCGGUUGUAAAUGAUCGUUUUCAUUUACAAAACUUGUUCUUUACAAAAUAAUCGAGAUACUAAGUGGCUUCCUGUCCUUCAUUUACAAAUAAGAAUUUUUUUUACACGAAAGUCCAAUGACAAAUGGGCUCUAUAUCCCUCAUUUACACAUUUACUUUUUUAUACAAGCCAAAAACUAAAAAUGGUUUCCUGUUCAUUUACAAAUCUGCUUUCCUCAUUUUUACACAAUAGUUCAAUACCGACUCGUUCACAACUUACAAUAAGGCAUUUCUCUCAAUUGUUUUCCUAGUAUGCGAUAGGUAAUCGUGCUAAGGCGAUGUUGAUAAUCCUAUAAAAAAUAUUGAAAAAAAUCAUCCGGGAGGCCCCAUUAUAUCAACGCCUCGUAUAGUUUUUCAUAUAUCGAAAUGUAUAUAAUGUAUAUAGAUUUUUAUGAUAAUUAAGCUUAUAGAAAAAUAAAAAUUGUACAGUUUUCGUACUCAGUUUGUACAGAAGAAAUAUUAAUAAUUGAAAAAAAGUUUUUUUUUGUGUAUAUUUUGGUCACUAAUUGUGGCUAUUAUAUUUUUGGGCUAGUCAGGAGGUUCAGCAGACUUUAGAAAUAGAAUUUGAUACAAAAUGAACUAAAUCACAGAGGAUCAAAUAGCCUCAACUCUUAUGUAUUUUUAUAGUUAUUUUUUAACACAUAUGACAUUGAAAUUCUAAUCCAUACAUUUUAAAUUUUAUUGUAAAAUUUAUAGUUUAAUUUUAACGAAAAAUUUAAAUGGAACUCCAAAAUGCAAUCCAUAAUGGUUUCAGAUUUUCAGUGUAAAUUAAUGUAAUAUUAGUUUGUAAAUUUUUUUUUUAAUUUCAGAAUAUUUAUGUAAUUAAAUUUAUUGUCUGUUACGUGAUUCUGGUCCUAAAUUCUCAAAAUAUCGUAAAUUAACAAAAAAAUCCCUUAAAAUAUACAAAAGAUAAUUCUCUAAACUGGCUCACUUAAGGUAAAAAAUAAUUCUGACGUAUGUGAGAAUUUCUGACUUUACCGUAACUACAAGCGCUUAAGUUAGAGUUAAGGGGAAAGUCUUAACUUACGUGUUAUUGAGAAUUGGACUUGAAUCCAAAUAGCUGCUGACCCGGGGUUCUCACACUGCUUGUAUAUACUAUGACAGACAUAUUGUACGGACACCUGUUGGUUAUGAUAUAUGAAUAUAUUUUGUUGGCAUUUAAA